CGGCACAAGGUCAACACUCGCUCACCAUCCUUUCAUCGUUCAACCGGCAUUCCCUUCCAUCACACAAGCUAUCUCGCCCCAUCUAUUCAUUUUCUGCCAUCCCGCCAACACAGUAAGGCAGAAUGCCGAACAAGAUGGGCGUCACCACAAUGGUGGCCGGUAUGUUCUUGACUGGCUGCGCCAAUAGUCUCUUGUCAAAGUAUCAAGACAUGGAAUGUGUCGAGAAUUGUGGAAAACAUGCCGACGGACCGCGAUUGAAUUUUGAACAACCAGUAUGGCAAACCCUCAAUAUGUUUAUAGGUGAAUUUAUGUGCGGUAUUCCACUUUUAUGGGCGUAUUAUAAGAACCGCAGCGCUACGAAGACAAGACCAGAGGAAUACUUGCCGGUGGCAACAGAUGAAAUGGAGACCGAAGAGGAGGAACAUCCACUGGGUCACCAUCAUGAUCAAGGACAGCUGUUGAGUGGCUGGAGGAUGUGUUGGCUAUGGUUCCCCGCUUUUUUCGACAUUUGCGGUACAACCCUCAUGAACGUUGGUCUCAUCCUCACUCCUGUAUCAAUCUUUCAAAUGUCCCGAGGCGCUCUGGUCCUCUGGGUAGGCGUUCUCUCCGUCAUAUUCUUGCGACGACACCUGUGGCUUUACCAAUGGGCUUCACUUAUCAUUGUGACAUUUGGCGUAUGCCUGGUGGGAUUAUCAGGCAGUCUGACCAAGAAGGCAUUGAGCGAUCCGGUGGAGCUGCUUGUCACUGCCAUGGAACGUCCUGUUGAUGAUCCGGCUCGUGUGGCUAUCGGUGUGAUGCUCAUUCUUUUCGCUCAAAUCUUCACGGCUAGUCAGUAUGUGGUGGAAGAGAAAAUCAUGUCACGGUACAAAGUCGAGCCUCUGAAAGCUGUUACAUUAGAGGGGUUUUUUGGGCUUACCACCACCCUCGUUGCAAUGCCCUUCCUUCACCUCUUUCUGCGCCAUCGCUCGCCCUACUUUGAUAUUCCCAGAGGCUGGCAUCAAAUUGUCUCUACUCCCACCGUCUUUUGGUCCUGCUUCGCCAUCAUGUUCUCCAUUGGAUCCUUUAACUUUUUCGGCCUGAGCGUUACACACUGUGUCAGCGCAACGACCCGAAGUACCGUGGACACUUGCAGAACUCUUGGUAUCUGGAUUGUCAGUCUUGGGUUAGGCUGGGAAGCCCUAGUUUGGCCGGAAUCCAUCCUCCAAAUUGUUGGGUUCGCUUUGCUAGUUUACGGGACCUUUGUUUUCAACGGUCUCGUCAAACCACUCAUCUUCCCUCCUCCAUCGAGCGUCCAUCUUCCUCACGAGCCCGAGCUGGAGGAAACCGGCGAAGUACCCGCUGCGGGUGCUCAAGGGAGGUCUGGAUACGAUGUGAUACCAGAUGAAGAGCGUUGUUGACAAGUUAUAUGCUCGUGCUCUUCUGUACUCGUUUGUGUCUCGAGUCAGGAGUAUACCAUUGUUUCCAGUUCCAUUCUAAGCAUGCAUGUUCAUUCUGAU